AUGAACAUUUAUAAUAAUACUCCAUUAAUAUUACAAGGUAUGAUUGCAGGAAGACGAACACAACUACUUAUCGAUUCUGGAGCAUCGCUCACAUUAAUUAAUCUUCAAUUCUUUCGACGAUUGCCACGGUAUUAUCGUCAAAGAGCAUAUCCCCCUCCAUCCAAUUUAUGUCUUCAAUUGGCGGAUAGAUCACAACUCGAUGUUAAAUAUGCAUUAUCACUCCCAAUAACCAUCUCCAACUCAACUCGUGUACAUAAAGUCUACGUGGUCCCAAAAUUAUGGCGUUCGUGUAUUAUUGGUAAUGAUUUAAUACGUGAACACAAUCUUCAAAUAGAUGGUGGACAACAAUAUGCAUACUUCAAAGCGAAGAAAAAAAAUACACAUCUGCAACAGGAAAGAAAAGAAACAAUUAAGAACGAUGAUGAAUAUGUGUUGAUUGCCAAUGAGCGUGUCAAGAUUUCACCAUUUCAUGCAUUUAACAUUGAAGUUAAACCAAAUAAACCAUUCUCAAUUAUAGAAGAAGAUGACAGAGAUGAAUAUGAAGUAUCAUCAAUGAAAGAAACUCCACGUGUAGCCAACGGCAUUAUUACACCAUGUGAACACAUGACACUGCAGGUGGCUAAUCUAACGGAAAGAACGAUUAUGAUCUAUAAAAAUCAACCGCUGGCGACAAUGACUCGUCUUAAUCAAAUUCAAUUAAAUAUGAUGCAACAUGGAACAAUAUCAUCAGCAACAAAACAAACGACGUCAAAAACAGACAGUGAUGUAAGUUUAAUCAACACUGAUUUAGACGAACAACAAAAAGAACAAAUAAAACAACUUAUUCAGCAAUUUCCGGAUGUGUUUAACGAACAACCAGGAAGAACAAAAAAAACACAACAUCAAAUUAAUUUAGUUCCAGGGGCACAGCCGUUUAAUUCACCACC